AUAAUCCUUCAGUGUGCUGUGCAGUGUCAGGGCAGAGAGUGCAGUGCAUGCCCCUCCUCCACUCUGUGUCAUGUAAUGGGAGAGCUGGCUGUGCUGCCUUCCUGUCUCUUGUCUGCCUGGGACUCUCCAUUCUCUCCUAUCCAUAGCGCUGUGCGGGCGAUGCAGCUCUCCUAGACCAUAGCGCUGUGCGGGCGAUGCAGCUCCCUGUGCCCCGGCUAGGCGCCCUCUAGGUCCCGCACCCCAUCCUGAGCGGAACCCAGCCGCUGGCCCCACCAUGAGUAAAAGCCAAGAUGCCUGCAAACCCCUCUCCAUAAACUUCACCAUCGACAGCAUCCUCAAGCUAAACUCCAGGAGAUCCGACGGCAACAAAACACAGAGGGACUUCAUAGAGAGGACCAUAGAUGACAGCAGAGAGCUGUGCAAACACUCAGCGGAGCCGGAGGAGGAGCGGAGGGCCACAGAGGACAAGAGGGGCCCCUUACUGACCGCACAAGACACCAGAUGCCUCCUGACCUCCACCCAAAGCCUUACCUACUGCACCGAGCAGUCCUCAAAGCACUCCAGAGACUUACCUUUCAGGGAAGACCUCGCUGACAGCUCGGUGGAUGGGCCCUCACCGUCGCCCGAUCAGCUCGGUAAGAAGAGCAAGCUCCUGGCCAAGAAGAAGACCCGGACCAUCUUCUCCAAGAGCCAGAUCUUCCAGCUGGAGUCCACCUUCGACAUGAAGCGCUAUCUCAGCAGCGCCGAGCGUGCCUGUUUAGCGAACUCCUUACAAUUGACUGAGACUCAGGUGAAAAUCUGGUUCCAGAACAGAAGGAACAAGCUGAAAAGACAAAUGUCAGCAGAACUGGAGGGCCCCGGAUCUGUGGAAACUGCUGGGGACCUCUCAGUCCUCUACAAAGACAAUUCUUUCUUGAAUAGGUGCGUCUUGCCAAUGCCCUUCCCUGUCAUCUACCCUGGGAGCACCAUUCCCUACCUGUGCUUCCCCAAUCCCGGCAAAUACUACAGCCUUACCGAUGGGGACGUAUAAUAUGGCGCACAUGGCUACAAACUGUCGCAAGGCGAUCUACUUCUUCUUCUUCCAUAUCACGAAGCCACUACGAGGAAUUAAUACUUUGUCAGUUUGUGUUUCUGACCUAUCACUGUAAGGGAAGGGGAGGAUUUAUUUUUUAAUAAUAAUUAUUAUUAUAUCUUACUAUUAUCUGCCUACAGCAUGUACACUUAUUUUUGUACCUUUUUAAGAAAAAAAAACUUGAACCCACACCAUUUAUCUAAUUUAAUUCGUCCUAUGCAAGAUACUUUACGAAAGGGAUUUGUGUUCCUGUAUAUGUGCACUUUCCUGCCCUGAUACAGUGAUUCUUUAAUAUCAUUAACAGGUUCAAUUCACAAAGCUUCGUCAGGGGGACUGCCCUGAUACAGUGCUUCUUUAUAUCAUUAACAGGUUCAAUUCACAAAGCUUCGUCAGGGGGAUAAGAAUCGCCAUUAUUAUCGUAUGUUUCAUUGGACUGAAAAAUAAACUUUUUUUUUAUUUAA